CCAGCCCAUUGCAUACACACAUUGACGCACCUAUUUAGACCUGGGGCAAUGAAUGCAUAGUCAGUCCAUAUACCAGUGUGGUUUUGGACAUUGGAAACCCAAGAACCCAGAGGAAAUCUGCACUGUCUUGAGGAGAACAUGUGGUUUUUCAGGUGAAAACAUUUCUGGUAAAUCUGUGCACAAAAUUUAGUCCUACACAAGUUUUCUAACCUGGAGUAAGAAGUUGACCAUUUUGUGUUUACAGCAUUCAUUCAUCCUUAGUAACUGUCUGGUCAGGAUCACAGUGGUUUAAAUUAGGCUAUUAGUUGCUCUAUGUUUUGGGAAGUAGAACCAACUAAAUUCAUUAGAAUAUGUUGCAAAUGUUUUUAGGAAACAAAUUAGUGCAAAAAAUAGAUCUAGAUCAGGAGAACAGCAUAGUGAUGUAUCACCAGGAUAAAUGGUACAUUUUAGUAUUUACUCCUUAAUAUUUAUUCAUUAAUGUUGAUGUAGUUGUGGAAAGGUGUUAAGUGUCACUACCAUAACACCCCCCACCCCAAUCACAGUUUACAUGCUCUUAAGGUAAUUACAUUUGAGGCCCCCCAACGUGCUUGUGCCCCCUGCUAAGAGAUUAGGUUUGCCUAAUUUCAUGGCUGCAGGAGGGAAUCUGUAAGAGUGAUUAAGCUUGAGAGAGGUAAGCUGGGCUUUGGUAUAUAAACGUGUGUGCCUGAAGUAGCUGAUAGUGGAACACAAGUGAGGAUGGGACAGGCUGCGACUUUACCCUGCAGAAGCGGAGGCACCUACGUCACAGAACUUUAUGAAUGGUUUAGGAAGUUCUUAAUCGAGUGUCCGAGUGGCCUGAUCACUCUGCAUGAGUUCAGACGUCACUUCUGUGAUGGAACUGUGGGACUGGAGUCUGCAGAAUACGCUGAGCAGAUCUUCCGUACACUAGACAACAACGGGGAUGGUUUCGUUGACUUCCGAGAAUAUGUGAUGGCCAUUAGCAUGCUAUUAGAAGGCUCAUCAGUGGAGAAGCUUCGCUGGUCAUUUAAACUUUAUGACAAGGACAAGGAUGGAGCCAUAACACGAGCAGAGAUGCUUGACAUCAUGCAGGCUGUGUAUAAGAUGAGUGUUGCAGCCUCUCUAACCAAACCUAAUCCACUGACUGCUGAGGAAUGCACCAACAGGAUAUUCAUACAACUAGACAAAGACAACAAUGCCAUCAUCAGUCUGGAGGAGUUCAUUGAGGGGGCACUGGAUGAUGAGUGGAUAAGAGAGAUGUUGGCGUGUGACCCCAACACUGUAAAGGUAGAGCGACCUCGUAAGGGUUCCUCUGGAUCUAAAGCAUUGGGUUCAUCUGAGCCUACAGAAUGAAGGAUGUCCAAUCUGCUGGAGCAGUAAAACAGUAUUUCUGGCACUCCCCCUACGCCACACAUCUAAAGGGUUACUGCUCUAACACACCCAGACCCUUGAGAUUUAACUUUUUUAGAUUAAUAAACACUAAAAUUUGAAGGCAUGAUGAUGAAAGACCAUGUUUUGGAAACACUACACCAAAGGCAGCUUUCUGCUGGGUGUGUAAUGUUCAAUAAAUAAAAUAAAAUUAUUGCGUUGAUAAAUGUGUCUGACCCUCUCACAGUUCUCAUGAGACUGUAUUGUUUGCUACGUACUGUGACGCUAAAGCAUUUUAGGAUGACUAUUAUGUCAUAUUUGAUAUAAGAGGCUGUAGAGACAUCAAGACAUUUCAGCUUUAAAUAUGAGCAUUGUGA